AUGCGCAUCCAUGCCCCUCCAUACCCGUUUUUUAAUUUUUUGUUUCUUUGCUUCCACACCGAGCCGCGUAGAAUUCCUCGGCGAACUGUUUCAUACACUCAGGUAGUUCCGGCCUCGAUUUUCCACGGGAUGGCAGACCGAGCUUUAACGUGCGUGCGGCCCGCUGCUUACUUUCUUCCGGGUGAUCGCGCCUCCUCAUUUUUAUCCUCCGGAGCAAUCCUUCUAUUUGAGGAACGGGUGUGCACUCCUCAUAAAGCUUCAGAGUCUACCGUAUGUCCAGUGGCUGGGCACUCGAAAGUGUUCGCGCCCUCUUGUUACGUUGAACCAUUUUCAAUCAUCGAGGUGGCUCUUGAGGAACGAAGGAAUCGCGUUGGUCGGAUGAGUUGGUGCUUUCGUCUCUUCGCCAUCAAGCUUCGCGGGGGCAAUCCCACACAAUUUCCGCCGCCAGCCAGCUCUGUGGAACACGUUCAAGUUUAA